ACUCUUGUCUUUUGGGUCUCCUGAAUUGGCAGAUGAGUUCUUUACCAACUGCGCCACCUGGGAAGCCCACAAUCAUCACAAACAACUAAUUUUUAUUUACUAAAUGAUUAACUCACUUCCCCAUUUUUUAUUAAAGACAGAGCCCUCUCAUGAGCAGGAAUGUUUCCUUCCCCUCCCCCACCCCAAGACAGAGGGAUGCCAAGCUGGGCCAUCACAUUACAAAAUGUUAUUUUGUGCCGGCUUUAGGAAAAGAGGGGCAUUUGGUGACUCAUGAAACCAAAAGGCGCUAGCUUCAGGCCAGGCUGGAUCCAGGCGCUCAGAGAGCAGCAGGUGGAAGCCAUCUGCCAGCUCUCAGUGUGGCUCUCCUCUGCCUUGGCUGCACCAGGUGCUUCCUCCAUGGAGAGCCCUCUAGAGAACAGUGUUGGAGGCCACCAGGCCAGCAACCCCAGAUGCAGGGGAGCAUCGGCCUCCCGGGGACCCCCAAAGUCCCAGGACAGCUGCUAUCUGGCCACACUGGGGAUUGCACUGCCCCAACUAUCCCCUGGUGGUUCUUACCAGCCACACCUGGGACUCACAGCCAUCCUGGAGCCCAGGGACGGUGUCAGCCCGUGGACCCACUGGAGUGAAAGGGGGAUGGUUCCCAAAGGAAAAGCAGGAGCUGCUGCCACCAGAAGAAGGUAUUGGGCUUGGGCAGUGAGAGGCCUUGGGCUUGCUCAGGAGCGUGUGUGUUUCCAGGUGCCCAGAGUAGGGCUCGGGAGAGGAAGAGAAGGUGGGAGAGGGCAGAGUGUCCCCUUAGCCUUCUGGAGGGGCAGCCCCCUGCCCUGGCCUGUUUCCCCUGAAGCACAUUUUCCACAUGACCUGGGUGGUUGGGUCCAGGUUCCUCCACCCUCCUUCCUACCUCUCCCUUUUUUCUCCCACUUUCUUGGCUCCAAAAGGGCAACUUCUUCCAGCUCCUGUGCACCACACACAGAACAUACAGCAGGCGCCACUGUGUGCUUUGGGUUAAGAUCAGCACAGUCAAGUUCAUUCCCAAGGCUCAUGGGAGCCCUUCCCAGACGCACCACCAGGCAGGUCUCCCCACUGUACUCGUCAUCCAGGGACGCAGGUUGGGAUGGUCUUGCCUUCUUUCCAAGUGGACUCUGGGCAGCUGGGCCAGUGUCUGUCCCUCUGUGGAGCCCAAUGGACUCAGGCUCACCCAGCACCAUCCUCCUCAUCUCCUUCUCCCUGUCCCCGUCCAUCACACUCGGUCCCGCCUCCAAGUCGUGGCCAGGAAGCCACGCUACCAGAGAUGCCUCCCCACCUUGGGCCAUCGUCCUCUUGAGCUCGGCUCCAGCCCCCACACCCCUGAAAGCUCCCCAUGGCUGAGAACAGUGAGAACCCCUGUCCUAGGGCGGGCAGACUGCAGCAGGUGGGGGCUGUGCCGUGUAUUUUCAAGCCUGAAGUGAGAGGGAGUGGCGGGCGGGGCGCUGCUGGGGCGCCGUGUCCCUUACUGGGGUUAAACCCUCGUAUGACUGCCGGCUCGCCUUCUCUCCCCAUCACAGUGCCCC